AGAUGUCGAAGAAGGCCGAAGCUUUCAAGCAGUACAAGGAAGCUGCCAUGGUGGACAUGCUGUUGGAGAAGCUGCCCCUGAUUGCAGAAGAGAUCAGCAGGCCUCUGUCCGAGGCUAAGAAGGUGACGAUGGUGUCGAGUGGCAAUGGAGAUGUUGGAGCAGCCAAACUGACCGGGGAAGUGCUGGACAUCAUGAAGCGCCUGCCUGAGGCAAUGGAGAAACUGACCGGUGUCAGCAUCACUCAGCUCUCACUGGAAUCUUGAGCUUGCUGGGAAACCCGGACGACUGGGUUGAAAAACCUCACAGGCUCUCGGAUUUACUGCUCCCAAUGGAAUCGUCUGCCUGUCUGCUUAUCCCUGUCUGUCUCUCUGCAUGUGCCCAACGUCUGGUGUAAAGUACCUGAAGUGCAUCUUAUAAAACACAGAGACCACGCGCUUUUUCAACCCCAUUUUUUCUGCAGUCAUUAAUGCAUAUUUUUGGAAGGCAGAAAAAAAAAAACUGUCCCUUUUACAAAACUUGAACCAAGCAACUAUGUGACAAAGAUGCAGUUGCUUGCUUCUCUCCCCUUCCUUUUGGUAGUUAUAUUGAGCUGACGUUAGAUCUUCGUUGAAACACAAGUACAACCUGUUAGUUGAACUUCACAACUUGAUGCGAUACUUUUUUUUUCUUUCUUUUCUUUACAGCCUGUCUGAGGUGUGUCCCUAAUCAAACAGUAGGUUGUUAAUUACAUUCCAACACUAAUCUGGUUAUAACCAGAAAGGCCUGUUUCUGGACUAGCCCAGUCUUGUCGAUUUCCUGUCAAGCCUAAAAUCCCUGGGUCGUUAUUGGAAAAAUGAAAAACAAUUCUGAUAAGUUGCAACACUGAAUAUAUUUGUAAUACUAAAUUUAGGAGUAUACUUCAUUUGCUUUCCUGUUGUUUUCCAGGCUGUAACCGCCCCUUUGAACAGGGUAACAGACAUUCACUCCUGUUCACAGAGGUGUUGCUUAAUUUGCAGUAGCGUGGUGUACUCUCAUCAUAGGGUUUAUUUGUUUCAUUCUUGUAUAAUAUAAAAAAAAUGACUGUU